UCUAUCCGAGUUUAUGGCAUUCAUAAAGGACCGAGAGGCGGAAUUGGUGAGGCCCGAGAGGCCAUCGCAUCCGCGUUUAGAUGACACCUCAUCUUUUUCGGAUGCACCCGUUGCUUUAUCGGUAGAUUCACAUACAGAUGGACAGACGGUCCGAGGAACGGACCGGGGCUGCGUACCAGAAAUCUUGCCGAAUGUCGACGAGAUCUCGCACUCACUGGAGAUACCUAUUGAGGCAGACGAAUCGCUCACUCAGGUAGGAGACCGGGACCGCACGCCUAAUUUUUCGGAAAAUGGCAACGUCACCUUUUCUAACCCGGUGGUCACGGAGGUGGUCGAGGAUUCAAGUACCAACGAGAAAGCAUCGGAUAUUCUUCUCAAGGAAUUAUUUGGCGAGCGAACUGAUUCUCCGGUUGCUACCACUUGGCCGCCUAUUAUUUUGGAUACGAUCAAAUCUGAUGUCCGGUUGGGUCUUAGAGAGGAACUAAAAAAUAGCCUCCUCGCCAAAUACGAGCCCAAGGAGGAACUUGCUUUUCUCGCUCCUCCUAAAAUGAAUAAGGAAAUUCUUCCAAAUCUCGGAGCCACGGUCAUCACACGCGAUAAAUAUCAAUCGCAAUCUCAAGGGGAAGUAGGAGCGUCCUUAAACGCAAUUGUUUCUGGCUUCUCGGAGCUCUCUAAGCUAGAAUCUCUCCAGGCUUCUUUGGAGGGCAAAUCCGCUAUCUCCAAGAUUGCUGAAGGCAUCCGCCUGUUAUCAGAUCAUCAUUUUGGCCUGUCUAAAACUAGAUGUGCAUUCAUCGUUCCUUCGCUAAAUGUUCUCGGCAAGUGUGCAUCCGAUUCAGCCGCCAUUGACGAAUAUCUUUUCGGAAAUAACUUUGCCGAAGAAAUAAAUACUGCACAAGCAAUCGAAAGAACAGCACACAAGACGGCUAGAAAGAUCCAGCAGCCAGUUCAGAGAGUUCAACGUCCUGCAGUUCAACACUUUAAACAGCAGAGAAACCAGCCGUCUCGUAUCAACCAAUCGUUUCCAAAAAACUUCAAGGCCCCUCCUCACAAGGACUCGUCGACUCAUCAGCCGAGGAGGGGCUCUGCCCAGUCGAGUCGCGGCAGGAGGCCGAGGUCCAGAUCCCGCCGUUAAAUUCAACCUCAACAUCCGGAGUGGAAGAACCUUUCCCUGGCAGCAGGGAAAUUAUCAGGAAGGCAUUCAGAUCUCAGGCAGUCCCAUCAUCAGCUUUAGACAUCAUUUUGGCCUCGCU